UUUGUGUGCCAUUCGGCAUUCGACUCUCUGCACGUGCGGUUGGGAUUCGCUGUGGAUCUGCUGCCACGUCUUGAACCCAAGAAACAUCCAUCGAUCGUCUCGAAGUAAACACUCGUUUAUUUUCGGUUCUGGAUAUUUAUUUUCGAAACAGACCUCUUUAGGCAAGUGCUCAAGUGUGCAAGAUACAAAAGUGUAAAAAGUAUCCCAGAGAUACAAAACACAGUUUUGGUAUCUGCCUGCCCCACCUAGGAAACCCCAUCCUAUGCUGUUCAUCCUACUGGAACACAAUUAAUUAGCUCGAAAAAGCGUUUUGCAGUGCGAGAAAGCGGAACAUCGAUUUAAAUGCAAAUGCAACAGCAAUUGUGAAUAGCUUUAAGCGCUGGGCGAGUGCCACUUUAACCGGCAGUAACGGAUGUCCUGAUUGCGCUUUCCCGGAAUACCUAUACAUAUACAAUUAGCCAACGAGUGGAUGGGUCGAUUGAAUAGGCUCCGAAAAGUUUGCGACCCGCACACGGAAACCGCAUAAGCAAAGCUGCUCGGCGAAAUCUUCCCGGGGCGAGGACGAGGACGAGAAGCGAAACCACCGAAAACACCAGGCAAACAAACUAGGGCCCCCAGAUGUCCGACACAAUCUCCUUCGAGUUGGGCUCGGCCGCCGACCGGCCCCCUAACAGGUUUCAAGUGAAUCCGGUCAAUGGCAACAGUCGCAAGUCACAGGGCUCGGAUGGCCCAGGAUCAGGAGGAGGAGCAGGAGCAGGAGCAGGAGCCGGGCAAGGACACGGACAUGGACAAGGAGGACACGCGGACGAUGGGCCGCACGAGGUCUAUCGCCGGCUCACAAACGCCGAGGGCGAGCUGCUCGAGGACGACACAUUCGAUGCGACACAAAUGCUCAACCAACACCAGCCCAGGCAGCAGAGGCAAUCCAUCAAAAGCAGUUUCCGCGACAAGGAUAAGCCGUCGAGGUUCAAGGAUCUUCAGACGACGACCCGCUUUCAGGUGGACCCCCAGAAUGAGGAGUCCGACGAGUCGAACGACUCGCAGGAGGAGCGCGAGCUGCUGGACAACGAGUACGACACAAAAUAUGGUAAAAGUUUCCGGCACUUCACCCGAGAGGCGCUGCCCCGUUUGGACAACUACCGCAACAUGAUGUCCAUCCAGGCGGCCUACCGUCCAACGCUCGACGAGCUGCACAAUGCCACGCUGGUGGGGAAGAACACGCACAGCUUGACGCGUAAUCAGGACCCGGAGUCGGGACUCCUGAAUGGGGUCUUGAAAUUCGGCUGGAUCAAAGGUGUGCUCGUCCGCUGCCUGCUGAACAUCUGGGGCGUGAUGCUGUUCCUGCGCCUCAGCUGGGUGGUGGGUCAGGCGGGCGUCAUCGAGGGCUUCGUAUUAAUACUGACAACCACGGCUGUCACGACCAUCACGGCCUUGUCGAUGUCGGCGAUAAGCACUAAUGGUGUCAUCAAGGGAGGUGGUACCUACUACAUGAUAUCCCGGUCUUUGGGGCCGGAGUUCGGUGGCUCCAUCGGUUUGAUUUUCUCCCUGGCGAAUGCGGUUGCUUGUGCCAUGUAUGUGGUCGGCUUCUGCGAGUCCAUGUUGGCCAUGAUGACGACUUUCGAUUGGAAAAUCGUCGAUGCCGGCGUUCAGGACGUACGCAUCAUAGGUUGUAUAACCAUCCUGUUGCUCCUGAUUAUUGUGGUCGUCGGCAUGGAAUGGGAGGCCAAGGCCCAAAUCGGACUACUUAUUAUCCUGCUUGUGGCCAUUGGCGACUUUGUCAUUGGAAGCUUUAUCGGACCAAAGAGCGAUUUGGAACUGGCCAAGGGUUUCUUGGGUUACAAUGCUACUGUGUUUAAAAAUAACCUGUUUGCCGACUAUCGCCAGGAGAAGAGCAGUGGUAUUCAGCACGAUUUCUUCUCGGUCUUUGCCAUUUUCUUCCCAGCAGCUACGGGUAUUUUGGCGGGAGCUAAUAUCUCGGGAGAUCUGAAGGAUCCCCAAAAAUCCAUUCCCAAAGGCACCAUACUGGCUAUUGUCAUUACCACAGGAACUUAUUUGAUAAUGGUCCUUCAGUGCGGCGCCACAGUGGCUCGUGAUGCCACCGGCAAUCUGACAGAUGUAGUUAAUGGCUCCUUUGCAUUCCUCGACUGCCAGCCAGGUGAAUGCAGUUUUGGUCUGCAGAACUCCUUUCAGGUAAUUGAGUUGGUUUCUGGCUUCGGUCCGUUGAUUUACGCCGGUUGCUAUGCUGCCACGUUAUCCUCUGCGUUGGCCAGUUUGGUCUCGGCACCAAAGGUUUUUCAGGCUUUGUGCAAGGAUGAGCUGUACCCGAAGAUUGUUUGGUUCGCCAAGGGCUAUGGCAAGAACAAUGAGCCAGUUCGUGGUUACGUACUAACCUUCAUCAUUGCCUCAGCCUUUAUAUUGAUUGGAGAGCUGAACCUGAUUGCCCCGCUCAUCUCGAACUUUUUCUUGGCCGCCUACAUGUUGAUCAACUUCAGUACUUUCCAUGCCAGUCUGGCCAAGCCGGUGGGCUGGCGACCAACCUUUAAGUAUUACAACAUGUGGCUGAGCCUGCUGGGCUCCAUUCUCUGCGUGGCCGUCAUGUUCCUCAUCUCGUGGGCCACCGCCCUCAUCACCUUCGCCGCGGUGCUGGCUCUGUACUUAAUCGUGGCCUACCGGAAGCCGGAUGUGAACUGGGGCUCCACUACGCAGGCUCAGACGUACAAGAAUGCCCUGAUGUCGGUGCAGCAGUUAAACAAUGUGGAGGAGCAUGUGAAGAACUACAGGCCGCAGAUUCUGGUUCUUUCGGGCUUACCAAAUACUCGACCCGUUCUCGUCGACCUGGCCUACAUGCUCACGAAGAACCUAUCGCUGAUGGUUUGUGGGCAUGUCCUCAGGGGUUCCAGUUCCCAGAAAUACCGGACAUAUCUGCAGGAGAGGGCGGGCAAUUGGUUCCGCAAACAUCGUGUCAAGGGUUUCUAUGCCCUGGUUGAUGGCGAGGACUUCGAAUCGGGGACUCGAGCUCUGAUGCAGGCCUCUGGUAUCGGAAAGCUUAAGCCGAACAUUAUCCUGAUGGGCUACAAGACUGACUGGCAGACCUGCGAUCACAAGGAACUGGAUCAGUACUUCAAUGUGAUGCACAAGGCACUGGACAUGUACCUUUCGGUGGCCAUACUGCGAGUGCCCCAGGGUCUGGACUGUUCGCAGCUGUUGGGCUCCCAGGAUGGUUGGAGGACCAUCUCCGAUGUGCCAAGGACCCUGCAACCGAAUGAGAGCUCCGGGGAUUUGCAGGCUGUCGAUAGUAGUGCCCGGAAUGGUUUGGGUGGCAGCAUUGACUCGCUUAGCCGAAAUGUAUCGCAAGAGGACCGAAACCGCAACCAGUUGGUCCACAGCGAGCAGAACAGCCUGAAGAUAGUCAAAUUGCGAUUCAAGCAGAGCCUGCGGCGAAUGCGCUCGUGGCCAGGUGCAGCCUCCAGCACGAGUGACCUAUCCUUCAUAGCGGGCAAUCAAUCGAAGGAUGUUUCCGGCAUGCCCGAUCCUUUGGACGCCAAGUCGGCAAAUUUAGGCAAUUCGCUGCGGAAAUCGAAGCUGAAGCACGACGACCCCGCCUCCCUGUACAGGGGUCCUGGUGGGGUGGAGCUGCCCAAGGAGGUCCUGGCCGACCUCACCCAGUUCACCAGGAAGCGCAGCCACGCCGUCAUCGAUGUCUGGUGGCUCUACGACGACGGAGGCCUCACCCUCCUGCUGCCCUACAUCAUCAGCACCCGGCGCACCUGGCAGUCGUGCAAAUUGAGGGUUUAUGCUCUGGCUAAUAAAAAUUCCGAGUUGGAGUUUGAACAGCGCUCCAUGGCCAGUUUGCUCUCCAAAUUCCGAAUUGACUACUCAGAUCUGACGCUCAUUCCGGAUAUUACGAAGAAACCACUGGAGACAUCGACGCAGUUCUUCAACGAGCUGAUCAAGGACUUUGUGGUGACCGAAAAGGAGGGUGAAAACGGCAACAGCAGCAGGGCGACUCUCAAUGAAGAUGAUGCCCUCAUAACGGACGACGAUCUGCUGGCGGUGCAGGACAAGACGAAUCGAUACCUCCGCCUGCGGGAAUACCUGCGGGAGCAGUCGACCAAGUCGGAUCUGGUGGUCAUGACCAUGCCGAUGCCCCGGAAGAACAUCGUAUCCGCACCGCUCUAUAUGGCCUGGCUGGAGAGCCUGAGUCGGGACAUGCCGCCCUUCCUUUUUGUGCGCGGCAACCAGACGAGUGUGCUGACCUUCUACUCGUAGUAGGAUCGGCGGGCCGGAACGGAUCUAUUGUAUUCUACUUACACCUACCGACACUCAAACUCACCGUUAUUGUUAGGCGAACGAGUAUUUUAUUUCUUAGAAGUACCACCCAUGUACAUAAAUUUAGGGACACCCCACGAAACGCACAGAGGCACUGGCUCCAGCGGAGGGAUCGGGAAUCAUAUGAUGGCCCAACUAGAUGUUUCGUAUUCCCGUUCCAUCUCUGCGCCGUCAAUAUUAACAUUGUUCUAGAAAUCGAGUUUAAAUCGUAUUUAAAUGCAGUGCAAAUAAUUUUUAAAA